ACAAACACACCUCCCAAAAUGGCAUUCAAGUUCGUCUUCGCUCUCGCCUUCGUGGCCGUUGCCAGCGCCGGAUACGCCGUUCCCCAGGUCUACCACGCCGGCCCAGCGGUGGCCACCUAUGCCCAUGCCGCGCCCGUGGCCGUCGCCCAGAAGGUUGUGGUGAAGGCCGCCGAGGAAUACGAUCCCCAUCCCCAGUACCGUUUCUCCUACGGAGUCGAUGACAAGCUGACCGGCGACAACAAGGGACAGGUGGAGGAGCGCGACGGAGAUGUCGUCCGCGGAGAGUACUCCCUGAUCGAUGCCGAUGGUUACAAGCGCACCGUCCAGUACACCGCCGACCCCAUCAAUGGAUUCAAUGCCGUCGUGAACCGUGAGCCCCUCGUCAAGGCCGUCGCCGUUGCCCCCGUUGUGAAGACCAUCGCCGCUCCCGUGGCCCACUAUGCUGCUCCCACCCACUACGCCGCUCCCGCUGUUGUGAAGACUGUGGCUCCCGCCUACCACUCCUAUGCCGCCCCAGCUGUCGUCAAGGCCGUUGCUCCCGUGGCCCACUAUGCUGCUCCUGCCCAGUACACAUCCUAUGCCGCACCUGCUCCCGUGGCCCACUAUGCUGCUCCUGCUCAGUAUACCUCCUAUUCCGCCCCAGCUUCCGUUGCCCACUAUGCUCAUGCCGCCCCAGCUGUUACAUACUCCGCGCCCGCUGCCCACUACUCCACGUACGCUGCCCCCGCCGUCAGCUACCACCACUAAGGAUCGUAGGACUUGCAGGACUCUGAGUUGUACAUAGAAUUGUUGACUUUAUUAUUACUGUACAUUUAUUUAUUGACAGCACCAAUAAACAAAAUGCAUACG